CGUCCGGUUAUCGAACACUCGGAGAGGAGAACAACCGGUCGUCGGUGCAGUGAAAACUUUCGGCUGUUUAAUUUCUCCUCUGCCUUGUCCGACAUAAAUUUCGGUUGUUCUUGCGUGCGCGCAUUUUUAGCUUGAAAAUAGGUGAUCAGUCCACCUUCGUAGUACCAGAUGACGGGCAGGCCUGAAAGGUCGCCAACGAAGUUUUCGCUGUUAGUGCUAGCACUUCUAUUACUAACACCGGUGGUGGCCAGCAGUACGAAUGCAACGGAUGUGUGCCCGUACGUGCCGGUAACGGACGGCACCCUAGUGGACGGCGGCUUCUUAUUGGCCGGAAACCCUCGACGACGGUAUUCGUCGUCGCAGUACCGUCCGAGCAACGGCAGUUACGAGGUGAAGAAACCGUGCGUGUUUAAAUGCUGCAAGAUGGGCCGUGUACGAUACGACAAGGGUUGCGGGCCGUCCAAUUACACGUUCGAGAAACUUGCGGUACUAAAAUCUGUAAAUGAUAAUGGGUCAAUUGAGCUAUACGAGUCAGACCAAUUUCACCUAGUUUUAAAAAAAAUCAUUUGUAAUAAUAAUGUUGGAACGGUGAUGUUAAAACCAUCAAAAGUAAAGUCUUUUGGUAUUACUGAAGAUGGAAGAUUAAAUUACGGUUCAAAUGUUGCACCCGGUCAAUUUUGCAUAGAUCGAAACAACGAAAAUGGUUCUCAACUUGUGAUCGUUAUGUGUGCAAUUGAAAAUAAGCAAACAGCAUCAAAAAUAUAUAAUAUCGUGGCACUGAUAAUAUCUCUACCAUUUUUGUUCGUGACGUUACUCGUGUAUGCUCUCAUUGUGGAAUUACAAAAUUUACAUGGAAAGUCUCUAAUGUGUUAUACAGCAACACUUAUAGUAGCCUUCACAAGUUUAAUCAUUGAUCGAUUUAUAAACAGCAUCGAUCAAUAUUUUUGUAUUUUAAUGGGGGUUUUUAUACAGUUCUUUAGUUUGGCAAGUUUCUUCUGGCUGAAUAUUAUGUGUUUCGAUUUAUGGUGGACUUUCAGUGGAUUUCGACUAUUAAAAAGAAAUUUAAAACAACACGAAUCAAAAAAGUUCAAAAUGUAUUCCAUUUAUGCAUGGGGUUGUACCACUUUUAUUUCAGCUUUCACAUAUUACAUGCAAAUUGUUUACAGCUCAUCACAAUUUUCUCCAGGAUUUGGAAUAAGACGUUGUUGGUUUAACACAAAGUUGUCCACAUUUAUAUAUUUUUAUGGUCCUGUUACUAUUCUAUCAUCUAGUGAUAUACUGAUGUUUAUACACACUGCGGUGUUGAUUUCAAAAAGGAUACAAGAUACUAAAAUAAUCAACCAUCCCGAUUGCAAGAGAAAGAUUGAUCAUGAAAAACAAAGAUUCGUGUUAUAUUUGAAAUUAUUCAUUGUAAUGGGUAUAAAUUGGAUGGCUGAAAUUUUGUCUUGGGCAUUUGAGGAUAAAGAUUCUAGUUUUAAUAUAUUAUGGAUCAUUACAGAUUUCGGAAAUGCAUUGCAGGGAGUGUUGAUUUUUGUAAUUUUUGUAUGUAGAAAACGCGUCUUAAGAUUGUUAAGCGAAAAGCUUUGUCCACGUAUGAAACUUUUCAAGAAAUCUACUACGUCAUCAACUAAAACUCGCUAUAGUAGUACAAUAUCUAAAACUACCACUGUAUCUUGAAUUUGAUUCAAUGUUGAAGUGAAGCGAUUAAAUGAUUAUUACAGUAUAUAAAUAAAAAUUAAUUACCAUAAAGGUGUUUA